GUGCCCUAUACUCAGCCAUUCUCCACAGCCCGAAGUUACGACCACGCAGCAAAGAGAGAGAGAGAGAGAAAGAAAAAAAAGUGUGAAGAAGGAAGAGAGAGAGAGAGAGAGAGAAGGAAAAGUCAUUAAAGGCAAAGAAAGUUAACAAAAACAACCCAGACAGCAUUGGAAGGCUGGGGCAGAAAACUUUGCGCGGCUGUGGCAGAAAGGCAUGAGCGACGGAGGAUGCUCAUGCCAAGGUGUUAAAACUUUUUGGAGGCAGUGAACUGCUCCCAGAAAUCAGAGGAGAGGUGUGGCAGAGGAGGGGGUCCGGUUGUGCUUAAGCACCCGAAAGAGAUACUAGGGCUGAUACAGCCCAGUCGAGUGGAGAACACAAUCGAAAGAAGUGGAGAGCUCAAAAAAAAAAAAAAAGAUGGCUGACAAAGAGGACACAAGAGAAGUGCUCUUUCCUCAGUGGAUGGGCCCUGAUAAACAUGGGCUUACAAUAGAGGAAAAGGGUCAUGGAGAGAUUUUUGUCAAGGAAGUGAAAGAAGAAUCCCCUGCUGCUCAUACUGGGAAAGUGUUUGAAGGUGAUCAAAUUGUUGGUGCGACAAUCUACUUUGAGAAUAUGAGUUCAGAAGAAACAGCAGAGUUACUGAAGACUCUUAACAAACACAAAGUUGGACUAAAACUACAACAAAAGACAGGAGACAAAUCACCUUGUCGCUCUCCGAUGGGCACAUUGUCAUGGGAGGGACGAAGUGGAUUUGGAGGUUCUAGUCCUGAUAUCAUCCUGAGUGGGGAUGACGAGGAGUACAGGAGAAUCUACACGAAAAAAAUUAAGCCCAGACUGAAGUCUGAGGAACUUGCAGAGGGAGUUGAUGUACGUACAGAACGUCACAGCAGCACAAGCAGUGAUGGCAGCACCAUUACAACCAUUACCCGCCGUAUUACUACUUACACUGUGGACAUACCAGGGGGACCUAGCCAGCAAGAGAUUGAUAUUUCAAGCCCAGAAUUCAAACUUAAUGUUUCUGAGGGGAGCUCUGCUCAAAUUAAAUUGCCUCAUGGAAAAAUAAUAAGCACGGUGAGUGGGCAGGAGGGUGUAGAUGUUGGAGAAAGUAGAUUUAAAGAUUCAGAGGGCUCUUCUGAGAAGCAAUGGAGUACAGCACAUGUCAAAACAUCAAUUACAACAAAAGGAACAGAGGAGAGUGGGAAGGAUUUAAGAUAUAAUAUAUAUGACACUGGACUCUCAACAGUUAAAACACAUGUGGGAGAAGGGUCUUCUGAAUGGAUUCAUGAUAAUUGUGUAAGGGGCAAAGGAUCACUUACAACAGAAACAACCACAGGUUAUUCUGAUCUCUCAGUUACACUGGGACGAGGGGCAGAUAAGGAUCAGGUAAGCAAUAGUGAUCAAAUAUUGAAAAUAAAGCGUGGGGUUACUAUUUCCAGUACAGAGACUGAAAAGGAUAUCAAAGCAUCCAAAUUGGAUAUUAUAGAUCCUGAGGGAUUAGGAAAAGGAGUUAUGGUGUCAAAAAUAAAAGUGUCAUCAAUGGAAGUUAAGGGUCCAGUGGUUGAGAAUAGUGAUAAAGACAAAGGUUCCUCCAAAACUGAUGCUAAGAGAGAAGCAGGAAAAAUUGAAAUUAUGGCUUCUGGUGUUAUAGGUCCUGCUUCUGAAGGGGUUAUAAAAGGACCAUCAAUAGAUAUCAAGCCACUGGUAGUGGACACUGAGGGAUCUGAGAAAGCGCCAGAAUUCAAAAUGUCAUUGAUGUCUGGCCCAAAGGUAUCCAUGUAUGAUGGGCAUUUCAACCUUAAGGGCCCGAAGGUGAAAGGAGAUGUUGAUGCUUUAGUUCCUAAAGUUGAAGCGGGUAUCAAAGCACCCAAAGUGGAUGUCAAAGGUCCAGAUGUUGAUUUUGAGGCCCCUGAAGGAGGAUUUAAAAUGCCAAAGAUCCAAAUGCCAAAGUUUGGAUUUAAGGAACCAAAGGGUGAGGGCCUUGAUGUUGAUCUAAAUCUGCCCAAAGGAGAGGUUGAUAUAAAAGCACCAUCCAUAGAUAUCAAGGCACCAGAAGUAAACAUUGAGCGACCCGAGGGAAAAGUAAAAGGUCCAAAAUUCAAGGGGCCAUCAUUUUCUGGUCCAGAGAUUUCUCUACCAGAUGUGGAUUUCAACCUUAAAGGCCCUAAGAUGAAAGGAGAAGUUGAUGCAUCAGUUCCAACAGUUGAAGGGGAUAUCAAAGCACCCAAAGUGGAUGUCAAAGGUCCAGAUGCUGAUUUUGAGGGCUCUGAAGGGGGAUUCAAAAUGCCCAAAGUCAAAAUUCCAUCAUUUGGUGGCAAGGGUCCAAAACUUGAAGGAUCUGAUGUAAAUGUAAGUCUUCCCAAAGGUGAAGUUGAUAUAAAAGCACCAUCCAUAGAUAUCAAGGCACCAGAAGUGAACAUUGAGGGACCUGAGGGAAAAGUAAAAGGUCCAAAAUUCAAGGGGCCAUCAUUUUCUGGUCCAGAGAUUUCUCUACCGGAUGUGGAUUUCAACCUUAAAGGCCCUAAGAUGAAAGGAGAAGUUGAUGUAUCAGUUCCAAAAGUUGAAGGGGAUAUCAAAGCACCCGAAGUGGAUGUCAAAUGUCCAGAUGUUGAUAUUAAAGGCCCUGAAGGAGGAUUCAAAAUGCCCAAAGUCAAAAUUCCAUCAUUUGGUGGCAAGGGUCCAAAACUUGAAGGAUCUAAUGUAGAUGUAAGUCUUCCCAAAGGUGAAGUUGAUAUAAAAGCACCAUCCAUAGAUAUCAAGGCACCAGAAGUGAACAUUGAGGGACCUGAGGGAAAAGUAAAAGGUCCAAAAUUCAAGGGGCCAUCAUUUUCUGGUCCAGAGAUUUCUCUACCGGAUGUGGAUUUCAACCUUAAAGGCCCUACGAUGAAAGGAGAAGUUGAUGUAUCAGUUCCAAAAGUUGAAGGGGAUAUCAAAGGACCCAAAGUGGAUGUUAAAGGUCCAGAUGCUGAUUUUGAAGGCUCUGAAGGAGGAUUCAAAAUGCCAAAAAUCCGAAUGCCAAAGUUUGGAUUUAAGGAUCCAAAGGUUGAAGGGCCUGAUGUUGAUCUAAAUCUACCCAAAGGGGAGGUUGAUAUUAAAGCACCAUCCAUAGACAUCAAGGCACCCAAAGUGGAUAUUGAGGGAUCUGAGGGAAAAGUAAAAGGUCCAAAUUUCAAGGGGCCAUCAUUUUCUGGUCCAGAUAUUUCUGUGCCUGAUGUGGAUUUCAACCUUAAAGACCCUAAGAUUAAAGGUGAAGUUGAUGUAUCAGUUCUAAAAGUUGAAGGGGAUAUCAAAGCACCCAAAGUGGAUGUCAAAAGUCCAGGUGUUGAUAUUAAAGGCCCUGAAGGAGGAUUCAAAAUGCCCAAAGUCAAAAUUCCAUCAUUUGGUGGCAAGGGUCCAAAACUUGAAGGAUCUGAUGCAGAUGUAAGUCUUCCCAAAGGUGAAGUUGAUAUAAAAGCACCAUCCAUAGAUAUCAAGGCACCAGAAGUGAACAUUGAGGGACCUGAGGGAAAAGUAAAAGGUCCAAAAUUCGAAGGGCCAUCAUUUUCUGGUCCAGAGAUUUCUCUACCGGAUGUGGAUUUCAACCUUAAAGGCCCUAAGAUGAAAGGAGAAGUUGAUGUAUCAGUUCCAAAAGUUGAAGGGGAUAUUAAAGGACCCAAAGUGGAUGUCAAAUGUCCAGAUGUUGAUAUUAAAGGCCCUGAAGGAGGAUUCAAAAUGCCCAAAGUCAAAAUUCCAUCAUUUGGUGGCAAGGGUCCAAAACUUGAAGGAUCUGAUGUAGAUGUAAGUCUUCCCAAAGGUGAAGUAGAUAUAAAAGCACCAUCCAUAGAUAUCAAGGCACCAGGAGUGAACAUUGAGGGACCUGAGGGAAAAGUAAAAGGUCCAAAAUUCAAGGGGCCAUCAUUUUCUGGUCCAGAGAUUUCUCUACCGGAUGUGGAUUUCAACCUUAAAGGCCCUAAGAUGAAAGGAGAAGUUGAUGUAUCAGUUCCAAAAGUUGAAGGGGAUAUCAAAGCACCCAAAGUGGAUGUCAAAUGUCCAGAUGUUGAUAUUAAAGGCCCUGAAGGAGGAUUCAAAAUGCCCAAAGUCAAAAUUCCAUCAUUUGGUGGCAAGGGUCCAAAACUUGAAGGAUCUAAUGUAGAUGUAAGUCUUCCCAAAGGUGAAGUUGAUAUAAAAGCACCAUCCAUAGAUAUCAAGGCACCAGAAGUGAACAUUGAGGGACCUGAGGGAAAAGUAAAAGGUCCAAAAUUCAAGGGGCCAUCAUUUUCUGGUCCAGAGAUUUCUCUACCGGAUGUGGAUUUCAACCUUAAAGGCCCUAAGAUGAAAGGAGAAGUUGAUGUAUCAGUUCCAAAAGUUGAAGGGGAUAUCAAAGGACCCAAAGUGGAUGUUAAAGGUCCAGAUGCUGAUUUUGAAGGCUCUGAAGGAGGAUUCAAAAUGCCAAAAAUCAGAAUGCCAAAGUUUGGAUUUAAGGAUCCAAAGGUUGAAGGGCCUGAUGUUGAUCUAAAUCUACCCAAAGGGGAGGUUGAUAUUAAAGCACCAUCCAUAGACAUCAAGGCACCCAAAGUGGAUAUUGAGGGUUCUGAGGGAAAAGUAAAAGGUCCAAAUUUCAAGGGGCCAUCAUUUUCUGGUCCAGAGAUUUCUCUACCGGAUGUGGAUUUUAACCUUAAAGGCCCUAAGAUGAAAGGUGAAGUUGAUGUAUCAGUUCCAAAAGUUGAAGGGGAUAUCAAAGGACCCAAAGUGGAUGUCAAAAGUCCAGGUGUUGAUAUUAAAGGCCCUGAAGGAGGAUUCAAAAUGCCCAAAGUCAAAAUUCCAUCAUUUGGUGGCAAGGGUCUAAAACUUGAAGGAUCUGAUGUAGAUGUAAGUCUUCCCAAAGGUGAAGUUGAUAUAAAAGCACCAUCCAUAGAUAUCAAGGCACCAGAAGUGAACAUCGAGGGACCUGAGGGAAAAGUAAAAGGUCCGAAAUUCGAAGGGCCAUCAUUUUCUGGUCCAGAGAUUUCUCUACCAGAUGUGGAUUUCAACCUUAAAGGCCCUAAGAUGAAAGGAGAAGUUGAUGUAUCAGUUCCAAAAGUUGAAGGGGAUAUCAAAGGACCCAAAGUGGAUGUCAAAUGUCCAGAUGUUGAUAUUAAAGGCCCUGAAGGAGGAUUCAAAAUGCCCAAAGUCAAAAUUCCAUCAUUUGGUGGCAAGGGUCCAAAACUUGAAGGAUCUGAUGUAGAUGUAAGUCUUCCCAAAGGUGAAGUUGAUAUAAAAGCACCAUCCAUAGAUAUCAAGGCACCAGGUGUGAACAUUGAGGGACCUGAGGGAAAAGUAAAAGGUCCAAAAUUUAAGGGGCCAUCAUUUUCUGGUCCAGAGAUUUCUCUACCAGAUGUGGAUUUUAACCUUAAAGGCCCUAAGAUUAAAGGAGAAGUUGAUGUAUCAGUUCCAAAAGUUGAAGGGGAUAUCAAAGCACCCAAAGUGGAUGUUAAAGGUCCAGAUGCUGAUUUUGAAGGCUCUGAAGGAGGAUUCAAAAUGCCAAAAAUCCGAAUGCCAAAGUUUGGAUUUAAGGAUCCAAAAGUUGAAGGCCCUGAUGUUGAUCUAAAUCUACCCAAAGGGGAGGUUGAUAUUAAAGCACCAUCCAUAGACAUCAAGGCACCCAAAGUGGAUAUUGAGGGAUCUGAGGGAAAAGUAAAAGGUCCAAAUUUCAAGGGGCCAUCAUUUUCUGGUCCAGAGAUUUCUGUGCCUGAUGUGGAUUUCAACCUUAAAGGCCCUAAGAUGAAAGGUGAAGUUGACGUAUCAGUUCCAAAAGUUGAAGGGGAUAUCAAAGCACCCAAAGUGGAUGUCAAAAGUCCAGAUGUUGAUAUUAAAGGCCUUGAAGGAGGAUUUAAAAUCUCAAAACCCCAAAUUCCAUCAUUUGGUGGCAAAGGUCCAAAACUUGAAAAGCCUGAUAUGGAUGAGAAUCUUCCAAAAGGUAAAGUUGAUACAAAAGGACCAUCAAUAAACAUCAAAACACCAGAUCUCGAUAUAAAAGUUCCAUCUAUAGAUGUCAAGGGCCAAGAACUUGACAUCGAGGGCCCUGAGGGAAAAGUGAAGGGUUCUAAAUGUGAAAUAGAAGGGGCCAAAAUUGACAUUGAUGUAUCUGGACCCUCAGUCAAGAAGUCUAAGUUUAAAAUGCCAAAAUUUGGUUUAAAAGGGCCUAAAAUAGAAGGCUCAGAUGUUGAUGUUAAACUUCCAAAGGGUGAUGUCACUGUGGAAGCUAAAAGCCCGGAAAGUGGAUUUAAGAUGCCAAAAUUCAAAAUGCCAAAAUUUGGAUUUAAGUCGUCUAAAGCUGACAUGCAAAGUAUGGAUGAAUCAGAUGUAAAUGUUAAUAUCAAAAGUCCAUCACUUGACAUUGAAGUUCCAGAAGGAAAAAUCAAAGGUCCGAAAAUCACGAUGCCGGAUGUUUCAGGACCAGGUGUUACUUUGCCUGAUGUUGAUCUUAAAGGCCCAAAAUUAAAGGGUAUCUCAGCGCCCAAGAUUGACACUGACAUUAAAACACUGAAAGUAGAAGGGAAAGGUCCAGAUCUUGAUUUUGAAGGACCUACAAUUGAUAUACAAAGCACAGAUUUUGAGCUUGAAGGACCAGAAGGCAAAAUAAAAGGUCCUGGAUUCAAAAUGCCAAAAAUAUCAGGACCAGAGAUCUCAAUGCCUGAUGUGGAUUUAAAUCUUAAAGGCCCUAAAAUAAAAGGAGACAUGGAUGUAUCUGUUACCAAGAUUAAAGGUGACAUUAAACCACCAAAAGUAGACAUUGAAGGUACAGAUUUUGAAGUAGAAGGCACAGGAGGAGGCAUCAAAAUGCCCAAAUUCAAAAUGCCAUCAUUUGGGGGCAAAGGGCCAAAAGUUGAGGGUUCUGAAAUUGAUGUGAAUCUAUCAAAGCCAGAUAUUGAUGUCAAAGGCCCUAAAAUUGAUGUGAAAAGCCCAGAUAUUGAAAUUGAAGGACCAGGAGGCAAAGUCAAAGGCCCCGGAUUCAAAAUGCCAAAAAUAUCAGGACCACAAAUCUCAAUGCCUGAUGUGGACUUUAAUCUUAAAGGCCCGAAAGUUAAGGGGGAUGUGGAUGUGUCUGUUCCCAAAAUUGAAGGAGAUAUUAAAGCACCGAAAGUAGAUAUUCAAGGUCCAGAUUUUGAAGUAGAAGGUCUAGAAGGAGGCAUCAAAAUGCCUAAAUUCAAAAUGCCAACAUUUGGGGGCAAAGGUCCAAAAGUUGAGGGCCCUGAAAUUGAUGUAAAUCUAUCAAAGCCAGAUAUUGAUGUCAAAGGCCCUAAGAUUGAUGUGAAAAGCCAAGAUAUUGAGAUUGAAGGACCAGAAGGCAAAAUGAAAGGUCCCGGAUUCAAAAUGCCAAAAAUAUCAGGACCACACAUCUCAAUGCCUGAUGUGGACUUUAAUCUUAAAGGCCCCAAAGUUAAGGGGGAUGUGGAUGUGUCUGUUCCCAAAAUUGAAGGUGAUAUUAAAGCACCGAAAGUAGAUAUUCAAGGUCCAGAUUUUGAAGUAGAAGGUCCAGGAGGAGGCAUCAAAAUGCCUAAAUUCAAAAUGCCAACAUUUGGGGGCAAAGGACCAAAAGUUGAGGGCCCUGAAAUUGAUGUGAAUCUACCAAAGGCAGAUAUUGAUGUCAAAGGCCCUAAGAUUGAUGUAAAAAGCCCAGACAUUGAGAUUGAAGGACCAGAAGGGAAAAUAAAAGGUCCCGGAUUCAAAAUGCCAAAAAUAUCAGGACCACACAUCUCAAUGCCUGAUGUUGACUUCAAUCUUAAAGGCCCGAAAGUUAAGGGGGAUGUGGAUGUGUCUAUACCCAAAAUUGAAGGUGAUAUUAAAGCACCGAAAGUAGAUAUUCAAGGUCCAGAUUUUGAAGUAGAAGGUCCAGGAGGAGGCAUCAAAAUGCCUAAAUUCAAAAUGCCAACAUUUGGGGGCAAAGGACCAAAAGUUGAGGGCCCUGAAAUUGAUGUGAAUCUACCAAAAGCAGAUAUUGAUGUCAAAGGCCCUAAGAUUGAUGUAAAAAGCCCAGAUAUUGAGAUUGAAGGACCAGAAGGCAAAAUGAAAGGUCCCGGAUUCAAAAUGCCAAAAAUAUCAGGACCACACAUCUCAAUGCCUGAUGUUGACUUCAACCUUAAAGGCCCGAAAGUUAAGGGGGAUGUGGAUGUGUCUGUUCCCAAAAUUGAAGGAGAUAUUAAAGCACCGAAAGUAGAUAUUGAAGGUCCAGAUUUUGAAGUAGAAGGUUCAGGAGGAGGCAUAAAAAUGCCUAAAUUCAAAAUGCCAACAUUUGGGGGCAAAGGACCAAAAGUUGAGGGCCCUGAAAUUGAUGUGAAUCUAGCAAAGGCAGAUAUUGAUGUCAAAGGCCCUAAGAUUGAUGUGAAAAGCCCAGAUAUUGAGAUUGAAGGACCAGAAGGCAAAAUGAAAGGUCCCGGAUUCAAAAUGCCAAAAAUAUCAGGACCACACAUCUCAAUGCCUGAUGUUGACUUUAAUCUUAAAGGCCCCAAAGCUAAGGGGGAUGUGGAUGUGUCUGUUCCCAAAAUUGAAGGUGAUAUUAAAGCACCGAAAGUAGAUAUUCAAGGUCCAGAUUUUGAAAUUGGAGGCACAGGAGGAGGCAUCAAAAUGCCUAAAUUCAAAAUGCCAACAUUUGGGGGCAAAGGACCAAAAGUUGAGGGCCCUGAAUUUGAUGUGAAUCUAUCAAAGCCAGAUAUUGAUGUCAAAGGCCCUAAGAUUGAUGUGAAAAGCCCAGAUAUUGAAAUUGAAGGACCAGAAGGCAAAAUGAAAGGUCCCGGAUUCAAAAUGCCAAAAAUAUCAGGACCACACAUCUCAAUGCCUGAUGUUGACUUCAAUCUUAAAGGCCCGAAAGUUAAGGGGGAUGUGGAUGUGUCUGUUCCCAAAAUUGAAGGUGAUAUUAAAGCACCGAAAGUAGAUCUUCAAGGUCCAGAUUUUGAAGUAGAAGGUCCAGGAGGAGGCAUCAAAAUGCCUAAAUUCAAAAUGCCAACAUUUGGGGGCAAAGGACCAAAAGUUGAAGGCCCUGAAAUUGAUGUGAAUCUACCAAAGGCAGAUAUUGAUAUCAAAGGCCCUAAGAUUGAUGUGAAAAGCCCAGAUUUAGAGAUUGAAGGACCAGAAGGCAAAAUUAAAGGUCCCGGAUUCAAAAUGCCAAAAAUAUCAGGACCACACAUUUCAAUGCCUGAUGUUGACUUUAAUCUUAAAGGACCCAAAGUUAAGGGUGAUGUGGAUGUGUCUGUUCCCAAAAUUGAAGGUGAUAUCAAAGCACCGAAAGUAGAUCUUCAAGGUCCAGAUUUUGAAAUUGGAAGCACAGGAGGAGGAGGCAUCAAAAUGCCUAAAUUCAAAAUGCCAACAUUUGGGGGCAAAGGACCAAAGGUUGAAGGCCCUGAAAUUGAUGUAAACCUAUCAAAGCCAGAUAUUGAUGUCAAAGGCCCUAAGAUUGAUGUGAAAAGCCCAGAUAUUGAUAUUGAAGGACCAGAAGGCAAAAUGAAAGGUCCCGGAUUUAAAAUGCCAAAAAUAUCAGGGCCACACAUCUCAAUGCCUGAUGUUGACUUUAAUCUUAAAGGCCCCAAAGCUAAGGGUGAUGUGGAUGUGUCUGUUCCCAAAAUUGAAGGUGAUAUUAAAGCACCGAAAGUAGAUAUUCAAGGUCCAGAUUUUGAAGUAGAAGGUCCAGGAGGAGGAAUCAAAAUGCCUAAAUUCAAAAUGCCAACAUUUGGGGGUAAAGGACCAAAGGUUGAGGGCCCUGAAAUUGAUGUGAACCUAUCAAAGCCAGAUAUUAAUGUCAAAGGCCCUAAGAUUGAUGUGAAAAGCCCAGAGAUUGAUAUUGAAGGACCAGAGGGCAAAAUAAAAGGUCCCGGAUUCAAAAUGCCAAAAAUAUCAGGACCACACAUCUCAAUGCCUGAUGUGGACUUUAAUCUUAAAGGCCCGAAAGUUAAAGGGGAUGUGGAUGUGUCUGUUCCCAAAAUUGAGGGUGAUAUUAAAGCACCGAAAGUUGAUAUUCAAGGUCCAGAUUUUGAAAUUGGAAGCACAGGAGGAGGAGGCAUCAAAAUGCCUAAAUUCAAAAUGCCAACAUUUGGGGGCAAAGGACCAAAAGUUGAGGGCCCUGACUUUGAUGUGAAUCUACCAAAGGCAGAUUUUGAGAUUGAAGGACCAGAAGGCAAAAUGAAAGGUCCCGGAUUCAAAAUGCCAAAAAUAUCAGGGCCGCACAUCUCAAUGCCUGAUGUUGACUUUAAUCUUAAAGGCCCCAAAGCUAAGGGUGAUGUGGAUGUGUCUGUUCCCAAAAUUGAAGGUGAUAUUAAAGCACCGAAAGUAGAUAUUCAAGGUCCAGAUUUUGAAGUAGAAGGUCCAGGAGGAGGAAUCAAAAUGCCUAAAUUCAAAAUGCCAACAUUUGGGGGUAAAGGACCAAAGGUUGAGGGCCCUGAAAUUGAUGUGAACCUAUCAAAGCCAGAUAUUGAUGUCAAAGGCCCUAAGAUUGAUGUGAAAAGCCCAGAUAUUGAUAUUGAUAUUGAAGGACCAGAAGGCAAAAUGAAAGGUCCCGGAUUCAAAAUGCCAAAAAUAUCAGGGCCGCACAUCUCAAUGCCUGAUGUUGACUUUAAUCUUAAAGGCCCCAAAGCUAAGGGUGAUGUGGAUGUGUCUGUUCCCAAAAUUGAAGGUGAUAUUAAAGCACCGAAAGUAGAUAUUCAAGGUCCAGAUUUUGAAGUAGAAGGUCCAGGAGGAGGAAUCAAAAUGCCUAAAUUCAAAAUGCCAACAUUUGGGGGUAAAGGACCAAAGGUUGAGGGCCCUGAAAUUGAUGUGAACCUAUCAAAGCCAGAUAUUAAUGUCAAAGGCCCUAAGAUUGAUGUGAAAAGCCCAGAGAUUGAUAUUGAAGGACCAGAGGGCAAAAUAAAAGGUCCCGGAUUCAAAAUGCCAAAAAUAUCAGGACCACACAUCUCAAUGCCUGAUGUGGACUUUAAUCUUAAAGGCCCGAAAGUUAAAGGGGAUGUGGAUGUGUCUGUUCCCAAAAUUGAGGGUGAUAUUAAAGCACCGAAAGUUGAUAUUCAAGGUCCAGAUUUUGAAAUUGGAAGCACAGGAGGAGGAGGCAUCAAAAUGCCUAAAUUCAAAAUGCCAACAUUUGGGGGCAAAGGACCAAAAGUUGAGGGCCCUGACUUUGAUGUGAAUCUACCAAAGGCAGAUAUUGAGAUUGAAGGACCAGAAGGCAAAAUGAAAGGUCCUGGAUUCAAAAUGCCAAAAAUAUCAGGACCGCACAUCUCAAUGCCUGAUGUUGACUUUAAUCUUAAAGGCCCCAAAGCUAAGGGUGAUGUGGAUGUGUCUGUUCCCAAAAUUGAAGGUGAUAUUAAAGCACCGAAAGUAGAUAUUCAAGGUCCAGAUUUUGAAGUAGAAGGUCCAGGAGGAGGAAUCAAAAUGCCUAAAUUCAAAAUGCCAACAUUUGGGGGUAAAGGACCAAAGGUUGAGGGCCCUGAAAUUGAUGUGAACCUAUCAAAGCCAGAUAUUGAUGUCAAAGGCCCUAAGAUUGAUGUGAAAAGCCCAGAUAUUGAUAUUGAUAUUGAAGGACCAGAAGGCAAAAUGAAAGGUCCCGGAUUCAAAAUGCCAAAAAUAUCAGGGCCGCACAUCUCAAUGCCUGAUGUUGACUUUAAUCUUAAAGGCCCCAAAGCUAAGGGUGAUGUGGAUGUGUCUGUUCCCAAAAUUGAAGGUGAUAUUAAAGCACCGAAAGUAGAUAUUCAAGGUCCAGAUUUUGAAGUAGAAGGUCCAGGAGGAGGAAUCAAAAUGCCUAAAUUCAAAAUGCCAACAUUUGGGGGUAAAGGACCAAAGGUUGAGGGCCCUGAAAUUGAUGUGAACCUAUCAAAGCCAGAUAUUGAUGUCAAAGGCCCUAAGAUUGAUGUGAAAAGCCCAGAGAUUGAUAUUGAAGGACCAGAGGGCAAAAUAAAAGGUCCCGGAUUCAAAAUGCCAAAAAUAUCAGGACCACACAUCUCAAUGCCUGAUGUGGACUUUAAUCUUAAAGGCCCGAAAGUUAAAGGGGAUGUGGAUGUGUCUGUUCCCAAAAUUGAGGGUGAUAUUAAAGCACCGAAAGUUGAUAUUCAAGGUCCAGAUUUUGAAAUUGGAAGCACAGGAGGAGGAGGCAUCAAAAUGCCUAAAUUCAAAAUGCCAACAUUUGGGGGCAAAGGACCAAAAGUUGAGGGCCCUGACUUUGAUGUGAAUCUACCAAAGGCAGAUAUUGAGAUUGAAGGACCAGAAGGCAAAAUGAAAGGUCCCGGAUUCAAAAUGCCAAAAAUAUCAGGACCGCACAUCUCAAUGCCUGAUGUUGACUUUAAUCUUAAAGGCCCCAAAGCUAAGGGUGAUGUGGAUGUGUCUGUUCCCAAAAUUGAAGGUGAUAUUAAAGCACCGAAAGUAGAUCUUCAAGGACCAGAUUUUGAAGUAGAAGGUCCAGGAGGAGGAAUCAAAAUGCCUAAAUUCAAAAUGCCAACAUUUGGGGGUAAAGGACCAAAGGUUGAAGGCCCUGAAAUUGAUGUGAACCUAUCAAAGCCAGAUAUUGAUGUCAAAGGCCCUAAGAUUGAUGUAAAAAGCCCAGAGAUAGAUAUUGAAGGACCAGAGGGCAAAAUAAAAGGUCCCGGAUUCAAAAUGCCAAAAAUAUCAGGACCACACAUCUCAAUGCCUGAUGUGGACUUUAAUCUUAAAGGCCCGAAAGUUAAAGGGGAUGUGGAUGUGUCUGUUCCCAAAAUUGAGGGUGAUAUUAAAGCACCGAAAGUUGAUAUUCAAGGUCCAGAUUUUGAAAUUGGAAGCACAGGAGGAGGAGGCAUCAAAAUGCCUAAAUUCAAAAUGCCAACAUUUGGGGGCAAAGGACCAAAAGUUGAGGGCCCUGACUUUGAUGUGAAUCUACCAAAGGCAGAUAUUGAAAUUGAAGGACCAGAAGGCAAAAUGAAAGGUCCCGGAUUCAAAAUGCCAAAAAUAUCAGGACCGCACAUCUCAAUGCCUGAUGUUGACUUUAAUCUUAAAGGCCCUAAAGCUAAGGGUGAUGUGGAUGUGUCUGUUCCCAAAAUUGAAGGUGAUAUUAAAGCACCGAAAGUAGAUAUUCAAGGUCCAGAUUUUGAAGUAGAAGGUCCAGGAGGAGGAAUCAAAAUGCCUAAAUUCAAAAUGCCAACAUUUGGGGGUAAAGGACCAAAGGUUGAGGGCCCUGAAAUUGAUGUGAACCUAUCAAAGCCAGAUAUUGAUGUCAAAGGCCCUAAGAUUGAUGUGAAAAGCCCAGAGAUUGAUAUUGAAGGACCAGAGGGCAAAAUAAAAGGUCCCGGAUUCAAAAUGCCAAAAAUAUCAGGACCACACAUCUCAAUGCCUGAUGUGGACUUUAAUCUUAAAGGCCCGAAAGUUAAAGGGGAUGUGGAUGUGUCUGUUCCCAAAAUUGAGGGUGAUAUUAAAGCACCGAAAGUUGAUAUUCAAGGUCCAGAUUUUGAAAUUGGAAGCACAGGAGGAGGAGGCCUCAAAAUGCCUAAAUUCAAAAUGCCAACAUUUGGGGGCAAAGGACCAAAAGUUGAGGGCCCUGAAAUUGAUGUAAGUUUACCUAAGGCAGAUAUUGAUGUCAAAGGCCCUAAAAUUGAUGUGAAAAGCCCAGAUAUUGAGAUUGAAGGACCAGAAGGCAAAAUCAAAGGUCCCGGAUUCAAAAUGCCAAAAAUAUCAGGACCGCACAUUUCAAUGCCUGAUGUUGACUUUAAUCUUAAAGGCCCCAAAGUUAAGGGUGAUAUGGAUGUGUCUGUUCCCAAAAUUGAAGGCGAUAUUAAAGCACCGAAAGUAGAUAUUCAAGGUCCAGAUUUUGAAAUUGAAAGCACAGGAGGAGGAGGCAUCAAAAUGCCUAAAUUCAAAAUGCCAACAUUUGGGGGCAAAGGACCAAAAGUUGAGGGCCCUGAAAUUGAUGUAAAUCUACCAAAGCCAGAUAUUGAUGUCAAAGGCCCUAAGAUUGAUGUGAAAAGCCCAGAUAUUGAGAUUGAAGGACCAGAAGGCAAAAUGAAAGGUCCCGGAUUCAAAAUGCCAAAAAUAUCAGGACCACACAUUUCAAUGCCUGAUGUGGACUUUAAUCUUAAAGGCCCCAAAGUUAAGGGUGAUGUGGACGUGUCUGUUCCCAAAAUUGAGGGUGAUAUUAAAGCACCGAAAGUAGAUAUUCAAGGUCCAGAUUUUGAAAUUGGAAGCACAGGAGGAGGAGGCAUCAAAAUGCCCAAAUUCAAAAUGCCAACAUUUGGGGGCAAAGGACCAAAAGUUGAAGGCCCUGAAAUUGAUGUGAAUCUACCAAAGCCAGAUAUCGAUGUCAAAGGCCCUAAGAUUGAUGUGAAAAGCCCAGAUAUUGAUAUUGAAGGACCAGAAGGCAAAAUGAAAGGUCCCGGAUUCAAAAUGCCAAAAAUAUCAGGACCACACAUCUCAAUGCCUGAUGUUGACUUUAAUCUUAAAGGCCCCAAAGUUAAGGGGGAUAUGGAUGUGUCUAUUCCCAAAAUUGAAGGUGAUAUUAAAGCACCGAAAGUAGAUAUUCAAGGUCCAGAUUUUGAAAUUGGGGGCACAGGAGGAGGCCUCAAAAUGCCUAAAUUCAAAAUGCCAACAUUUGGGGGCAAAGGACCAAAAGUUGAGGGUCCCGAAAUAGAUGUGAAUCUAUCGAAGCCAGAUAUUGAUGUCAAAGGCCCUAAGAUUGAUGUAAAAAGCCCAGACAUCGAGAUUGAAGGACCAGAAGGCAAAAUGAAAGGACCUGGAUUCAAAAUGCCAAAAAUAUCAGGACCACACAUUUCAAUGCCUGAUGUUGACUUUAAUCUUAAAGGCCCCAAAAUAAAGGGGGAUGUGGAUGUGUCUGUUCCCAAAAUUGAAGGUGAUAUUAAAGCACCGAAAGUAGAUCUUCAAGGUCCAGAUUUUGAAAUUGGAGGCACAGGAGGAGGCAUCAAAAUGCCUAAAUUCAAAAUGCCAACAUUUGGGGGCAAAGGACCAAAAGUUGAGGGCCCUGAAUUUGAUGUGAAUCUACCAAAGCCAGAUAUUGAUGUCAGAGGCCCUAAGAUUGAUGUGAAAAGCCCAGAUAUUGAGAUUGAAGGACCAGAAGGCAAAAUGAAAGGUCCCGGAUUCAAAAUGCCAAAAAUAUCAGGACCACACAUCUCAAUGCCUGAUGUUGACUUUAAUCUUAAAGGCCCCAAAGCUAAGGGGGAUGUGGAUGUGUCUGUUCCCAAAAUUGAAGGUGAUAUUAAAGCACCGAAAGUAGAUAUUCAAGGUCCAGAUUUUGAAAUUGGAGGCACAGGAGGAGGCAUCAAAAUGCCUAAAUUCAAAAUGCCAACAUUUGGGGUCAAAGGACCAAAAGUUGAGGGCCCUGACUUUGAUGUGAAUCUACCAAAGCCAGAUAUUAAUGUGAAAGGCCCUAAGAUUGAUGUGAAAAGCCCAGAUAUUGAUAUUGAUAUUGAAGGACCAGACGGCAAAAUGAAAGGUCCCGGAUUCAAAAUGCCAAAAAUAUCAGGACCGCACAUUUCAAUGCCUGAUGUUGACUUUAAUCUUAAAGGCCCCAAAGUUAAGGGUGAUGUGGAUGUGUCUGUUCCCAAAAUUGAAGGUGAUAUUAAAGCACCGAAAGUAGAUAUACAAGGUCCAGAUUUUGAAAUUGGAAGCACAGGAGGAGGAGGCAUCAAAAUGCCUAAAUUUAAAAUGCCAACAUUUGGGGGAAAAGGACCAAAAGUUGAGGGCCCUGAAAUUGAUGUGAAUCUACCAAAGGCAGAUAUUGAUGUCAAAGGCCCUAAGAUUGAUGUGAAAAGCCCAGAUAUUGAUAUUGAGGGACCAGAAGGCAAAAUGAAAGGUCCCGGAUUCAAAAUGCCAAAAAUAUCAGGACCACACAUCUCAAUGCCUGAUGUUGACUUUAAUCUUAAAGGCCCCAAAGUUAAGGGGGAUGUGGACGUGUCUGUUCCCAAAAUUGAAGGUGAUAUUAAAGCACCGAAAGUAGAUAUUCAAGGUCCAGAUUUUGAAAUUGGAAGCACAGGAGGAGGAGGCAUCAAAAUGCCUAAAUUCAAAAUGCCAACAUUUGGGGGCAAAGGACCAAAAGUUGAGGGUCCCGAAAUUGAUGUGAAUCUAUCAAAGCCAGAUAUUGAUGUCAAAGGCCCUAAGAUUGAUGUGAAAAGCCCAGAUAUUGAUAUUGAUAUUGAAGGACCAGAAGGCAAAGUGAAAGGUCCCGGAUUCAAAAUGCCAAAAAUAUCAGGACCGCACAUUUCAAUGCCUGAUAUGGACUUUAAUCUUAAAGGCCCCAAAGUUAAGGGUGAUGUGGACGUGUCUGUUCCCAAAAUUGAGGGUGAUAUUAAAGCACCGAAAGUAGAUAUUCAAGGUCCAGAUUUUGAAAUUGGAAGCACAGGAGGAGGAGGCAUCAAAAUGCCCAAAUUCAAAAUGCCAACAUUUGGGGGCAAAGGACCAAAAAUUGAGGGCCCUGAAAUCGAUGUGAAUCUACCAAAGCCAGAUAUUGAUGUCAAAGGCCCUAAAAUUGAUGUGAAAAGCCCAGAUAUUGAUAUUGAAGGACCAGAAGGCAAAAUGAAAGGUCCCGGAUUCAAAAUGCCAAAAAUAUCAGGACCACACAUCUCAAUGCCUGAUGUUGACUUCAAUCUUAAAGGCCCGAAAGUUAAGGGGGAUGUGGACGUGUCUGUUCCCAAAAUUGAGGGUGAUAUUAAAGCACCGAAAGUAGAUAUUCAAGGUCCAGAUUUUGAAAUUGGAAGCACAGGAGGAGGAGGCAUCAAAAUGCCUAAAUUCAAAAUGCCAACAUUUGGGGGAAAAGGACCAAAAGUUGAGGGCCCUGACUUUGAUGUGAAUCUACCAAAGGCAGAUAUUGAUGUGAAAGGCCCUAAGAUUGAUGUAAAAAACCCAGAUAUUGAUAUUGAUAUUGAAGGACCACAAGGCAAAAUCAAAGGUCCCGGAUUCAAAAUGCCAAAAAUAUCAGGACCGCACAUUUCAAUGCCUGAUGUUGACUUUAAUCUUAAAGGCCCCAAAGUUAAGGGGGAUGUGGAUGUGUCUGUUCCUAAAAUUGAAGGUGAUAUUAAAGCACCGAAAGUAGAUAUUCAAGGUCCAGAUUUUGAAAUUGGAGGCACAGGAGGAGGAGGCAUCAAAAUGCCUAAAUUCAAAAUGCCAACAUUUGGGGGCAAAGGACCAAAAGUUGAGGGCCCUGAAAUUGAUGUGAAUCUAUCAAAGCCAGAUAUUGAUGUCAAAGGCCCUAAGAUUGAUGUAAAAAGCCCAGAUAUUGAUAUUGAUAUUGAAGGACCAGAAGGCAAAGUGAAAGGUCCCGGAUUCAAAAUGCCAAAAAUAUCAGGACCGCACAUUUCAAUGCCUGAUAUGGACUUUAAUCUUAAAGGCCCCAAAGUUAAGGGUGAUGUGGACGUGUCUGUUCCCAAAAUUGAGGGUAAUAUUAAAGCACCGAAAGUAGAUAUUCAAGGUCCAGAUUUUGAAAUUGGAAGCACAGGAGGAGGAGGCAUCAAAAUGCCUAAAUUUAAAAUGCCAACAUUUGGGGGCAAAGGGCCAAAAGUUGAGGGCCCUGAAAUUGAUGUGAAUCUACCAAAGGCAGAUAUUGAUGUCAAAGGCCCUAAGAUUGAUGUGAAAAGCCCAGAUAUUGAAAUUGAAGGACCAGAAGGCAAAAUGAAAGGUCCCGGAUUCAAAAUGCCAAAAAUAUCAGGACCACACAUCUCAAUGCCUGAUGUGGACUUUAAUCUUAAAGGCCCCAAAGUUAAGGGUGAUGUGGACGUGUCUGUUCCCAAAAUUGAAGGAGAUAUUAAAGCACCGAAAGUAGAUAUUCAAGGUCAAGAUUUUGAAAUUGGAAGCACAGGAGGAGGAGGCAUCAAAAUGCCUAAAUUCAAAAUGCCAACAUUUGGGGGCAAAGGACCAAAAGUUGAGGGCCCUGACUUUGAUGUGAAUCUACCAAAGGCAAAUAUUGAUGUCAAAGGCCCUAAGAUUGAUGUAAAAAGCCCAGAUAUUGAUAUUGAUAUUGAAGGACCAGAAGGUAAAAUGAAAGGUCCCGGAUUCAAAAUGCCAAAAAUAUCAGGACCGCACAUUUCAAUGCCUGAUGUUGACUUUAAUCUUAAAGGCCCCAAAGUUAAGGGGGAUGUGGAUGUGUCUGUUCCCAAAAUUGAAGGUGAUAUUAAAGCACCGAAAGUAGAUAUACAAGGUCCAGAUUUUGAAAUUGGAAGCACAGGAGGAGGAGGCAUCAAAAUGCCUAAAUUCAAAAUGCCAACAUUUGGGGGCAAAGGACCAAAAGUUGAGGGCCCUGACUUUGAUGUGAAUCUACCAAAGGCAGAUAUCGAUGUCAAAGGCCCUAAGAUUGAUGUAAAAAGCCCAGAUAUUGACAUUGAUAUUGAAGGACCAGAAGGCAAAAUGAAAGGUCCCGGAUUCAAAAUGCCAAAAAUAUCAGGACCGCACAUUUCAAUGCCUGAUGUUGACUUUAAUCUUAAAGGCCCCAAAGUUAAGGGUGAUGUGGAUGUGUCUGUUCCCAAAAUUGAAGGUGAUAUUAAAGCACCGAAAGUAGAUAUACAAGGUCCAGAUUUUGAAAUUGGAAGCACAGGAGGAGGAGGAGGCAUCAAAAUGCCUAAAUUCAAAAUGCCAACAUUUGGGGGCAAAGGACCAAAAGUUGAAGGCCCUGAAAUUGAUGUGAAUCUAACAAAGCCAGAUAUUGAUGUCAAAGGCCCUAAGAUUGAUGUGAAAAGCCCAGAUAUUGAUAUUGAAGGACCAGAAGGCAAAAUUAAAGGUCCCGGAUUCAAAAUGCCAAAAAUUUCAGGACCACACAUCUCAAUGCCUGAUGUGGACUUUAAUCUUAAAGGCCCCAAAGUUAAGGGUGAUGUGGAUGUGUCUGUUCCCAAAAUCGAAGGUGAUAUUAAAGCACCGAAAGUAGAUUUUCAAAGUCCAGAUUUUGAAAUUGGAAGCACAGGAGGAGGAGGAAUCAAAAUGCCUAAAUUCAAAAUGCCAACAUUUGGGGGCAAAGGACCAAAAGUUGAAGGCCCUGAAAUUGAUGUAAAUCUAUCAAAGCCAGAUAUUGAUGUCAAAGGCCCUAAGAUUGAUGUGAAAAGCCCAGAUAUUGAUAUUGAUUAUGAAGGACCAGAAGGCAAAAUUAAAGGUCCCGGAUUUAAAAUGCCAAAAAUAUCAGGACCACACAUCUCAAUGCCUGAUGUGGACUUUAAUCUUAAAGGCCCCAAAGUUAAGGGUGAUGUGGAUGUGUCUGUUCCCAAAAUUGAAGGUGAUAUUAAAGCACCGAAAGUAGAUAUUCAAGGUCCAGAUUUUGAAAUUGGAGGCACAGGAGGAGGCAUCAAAAUGCCUAAAUUCAAAAUGCCAACAUUUGGGGGCAAAGGACCAAAAGUUGAGGGCCCUGAAAUUGAUGUGAAUCUACCAAAGCCAGAUAUUGAUGUCAAAGGCCCUAAGAUUGAUGUGAAAAGCCCAGAUAUUGAUAUUGAAGGACCAGAAGGCAAGAUGAAAGGUCCCGGAUUCAAAAUGCCAAAAAUAUCAGGACCACACAUCUCAAUGCCUGAUGUCGACUUUAAUCUUAAAGGCCCCAAAGUUAAGGGGGAUAUGGAUGUGUCUGUUCCCAAAAUUGAAGGUGAUAUUAAAGCACCAAAAGUAGAUAUUCAAGGUCCAGAUUAUGAAAUUGGAGGCACAGGAGGAGGCAUCAAAAUGCCUAAAUUCAAAAUGCCAACCUUUGGGGGCAAAGGACCAAAAGUGGAGGGCCCUGAAAUUGAUGUGAAUCUACACAAGCCAGAUAUUGAUGUCAAAGGCCCUAAGAUUGAUGUCAAAAGCCCAGAUAUUGAUAUUGAUUAUGAAGGACCAGAAGGCAAAAUUAAAGGUCCCGGAUUUAAAAUGCCAAAAAUAUCAGGACCACACAUCUCAAUGCCUGAUGUGGACUUUAAUCUUAAAGGCCCCAAAGUUAAGGGUGAUGUGGAUGUGUCUGUUCCCAAAAUUGAAGGUGAUAUUGAAGCACCGAAAGUAGAUAUUCAAGGUCCAGAUUAUGAAAUUGGAGGCACAGGAGGAGGCAUCAAAAUGCCUAAAUUCAAAAUGCCAACAUUUGGGGGCAAAGGACCAAACGUUGAGGGCCCUGAAAUUGAUGUGAAUCUACCAAAGCCAGAUAUUGAUGUCAAAGGCCCUAAAAUUGAUGUGAAAAGCCCAGAUAUUGAUAUUGAAGGCCCAGAAGGCAAAAUGAAAGGUCCCGGAUUCAAAAUGCCAAAAAUAUCAGGACCACACAUCUCAAUGCCUGAUGUGGACUUUAAUCUUAAAGGCCCCAAAGUUAAGGGGGAUGUGGAUGUGUCUGUUCCUAAAAUUGAAGGUGAUAUUAAAGCACCGAAAGUAGAUAUUCAAGGUCCAGAUUUUGAAGUAGAAGGUCCAGGAGGAGGCAUCAAAAUGCCUAAAUUCAAAAUGCCAACAUUUGGGGGAAAAGGACCAAAAGUUGAGAGCCCUGAAUUUGAUGUGAAUCUACCAAAGCCAGAUAUCGAUGUCAAGGGCCCCAAGAUUGAUUUGAAAAGCCCAGAUAUUGAGCUUGAAGGACCAGAAGGCAAAAUUAAAGGUCCCGGAUUCAAAAUGCCAAAAAUAUCAGGACCACACAUCUCAAUGCCUGAUAUGGACUUUAAUCUGAAAGGCCCCAAAGUUAAGGGGGAUAUAGGCUUGUCUGGUUCUAAGAUUGAAGGUGACAUCAAAGCACCAAAAGUUGAAAUUGAAGAGCCUAACAUUAAUUUGGAUGGAUCAGAAGGCUUGAAAAUCCCCAAAAUCAAAGUGCCACAUUUUGGAAUUAAGGGACCGAAGUGGGACACUGCUGAUGCUGAAUUAAAAGUUGAAGGUGAUAUAAAAGGACCAGCCAUAGAUAUGAAUGACCCUAACAUUGGCAAGGGUCAUACCAGCCUUGAAGGCCCUGAUGUGGAGAUCAAGGGAAAGAAAAGUAAAGUGAAAAUCCCAAAGGUGAAAGGAAAAAUGAAAACUGACACUAAUGCUGAUCCUAAAAUUGGCAAUGUUGAACUAUCAGCAGACUCAUCUGACUUGCGUAUCAAAGGACCUAAGGUUAAGAAGCCAUUUUUUGGAAAAUUACAUUUUCCUGAUGUAGAAUUUGACAUCAAAUCCCCAAAGGGUAAGGGCAGUGGUUCAACAUCUGGAACACUUAAGGCAGAUGUGCCAGGUGUGGAUAUUCAGUCACCAGUUGUGAGCUUGGAAGGCCCAGAUAUCAAAGCUAAAAAAACCAAAAUAAAAAUGCCAAAGUUAAUCUCAGGAUCUAAGGUCAAAUCUGCUGAUGUUGACAUCAGUGUUCCGAAGAUAAAAUCACCUGAAAUGAGUAUGAACCUCACUGCUUCAGAUGCUAGUGUAGAAGGGCAUGGCAUAAAAGUUAAGGGCAGAAUGACAGAACCUGAGAUAAAAGGGACGUUUGAAGGUCAAGUUAAGGGGCACACAGACACAAAAGCAUUUCAGGGUGUAGAGCUGAAUAUGCCAACUACAACAAUUAAAGUACCCCAUGUCAGUUCUUCACAUGAAACAACUGGAGAAAUAGGCAUGCAUACAGAUGUUGCCAUGUCAAGUGCAAUAGAGUGUACUGAGGGCAAUGUAACUGUUCCAAAGAUUAAAGUGCCAAAAUUUGGAAUAGCUUUGCCUCAGGUAGAGGGAAGGGAGAUGGGUGUGGAUGUAGGUUCAGGAGAAUUAACUGCUAGUAAUGUUAGUUCAAGUUUGGAGAUGCAAUGUCCAGAUUUAAAAAGCAGUGGUGGGAAAGCCAAAGUCAAAAAGCCACGAUUCUUUGGCAAGUCUAAAGCUAAGGGUGGAAGUGCAGGUGAUCUUACCUUUCAAGCACCUGAAUGUACAAGUACAAUUGAGGAAAGUGUCAAAGAAUCUAAAGAACUAAGUGCAAGUUCUGGGGAGCUUUCAGGUAGAAAGAUGGUAGAGGGGAGUUCUGGUUUAAAAAUUUCACCUAAGAGUAAAUCUGCUUCACUUGAUCUUUACAAGAAAUCAAGGCAUCGUUCUUCAUCAAUCAGUGAUGAAGGAGAGCUUGCUUCUGCCACUGCUGUUGAAGGGCAUUUGCAGACAGAAGGUGGUAACAUUUUAAUGGAGGCUGGAGGGACUAAAAUGAAAGCCAAAAAAGGAAUGCUGAAAUUUGGCACGUUUGGUGGAUUUGGCUCAAAAUCCAAGGGUUCAUAUGAAGUGACGCUUGGAGAAGAUGAAGCAAGGAUUGAAGGAGCUGAAGAAGUGGGUUCCCCUACCAGGAAGUCUAGGGUGUCAUCAUCAUCUAGCACUGAUAGUGUUUCAAAGGGUGGGUUUCGCUUACCAAGGCUUGAAAUAGCUGUUUCACCAAAGAAAUAAUAUGUUGAAAUAUGAUUAGAAGGCACUAAGGUUUAGCCCUUCAUAUGUGUUAUAUGAUUUUUAUAUGAGUUGACAUACACUCCAAUGCUUUGUACUAGACAGCUACUUUAUAAGAAUUAUCUAACUAAGCACUGUCAUAAUUGUAUACAUUUUCUCCAAUUUGCGUUUAGCAUUCCACAUAACUUCUUUCAUUUUGCUGGGGUACAUGCCAUGUCUUUUAACUGUAAAUAAGAGAACUGUGUAUUGUAAUUUUCAUUAUCAUUUGUAAAUAGAAAAAAUAGUCUACCACCACAUUUUCUAUCCACUACCACAGCAAUUUUGAAAUGGAAUAUUUGCAUCUCUUUUUAACACCUUUUUGUGAUAUGAUAAUUCUAUUUUUGUAUUUGUUAAACUUUAGGGGAAAUGGUUUAGCACAAAUCUGUCAAAAAUAAUAUCUUUAUUGUUAUUUCACUGUUAAAGGUUGAGUGACUUUCAUAUACAGUUUCAUCAAACCAAACAAACCAGAACAUUUAAUGUGAGAUUUUAUCAUUUUGUAUAAUUCCUAAAAUGAGACAUGACAGUUCUUUCACAUGACACUUUAUAUUUUACACCUGUAAAAAUGUAAAUAACCUGCUGAUAUACAUUAAUACAUUGGGAAUUAUAUUUUUAGCUCUACAUAAAGUGCAUACGUCAUUAUCUCAUCUAUGCAAAAGAAUUUAUAUUUGAUGAGACCAUGAAGUUGCACAAAUCAACAAAUUAGUGACAGAUCAGCCAUUUAAAUGAACAUGUUGAGAUUGCUCUCUCUCUCUUUCCCUUUCUCUCUCUCUGUCUCAUGUGACUCACCCAGUGGAUGGCUGUGCUGGGAUUUGUGUAUUUUUAUUUACUUUCAUCUGCAAAACCAAAUAAAGUGUUGAGUUAUCAGUGUGAA